GGUGUUGAUACCUACUUUGCCGACUCCUACACGAAAAGUAAACAGUUCACUUUUAUCUUAUUUCGUGUAUAAACGGUGUUAUCUAGCGUUGUUCUAAUUAUUAAAAUACCAGUGUAUCUACUAGAAUACCGCAAAAUUAUCAGUUAAAAGUAUCACAAGAAACACGAACAUUAAAUUUCUCGAAAAUGUUGAAACACCUACUCCUCGCGUGUUUUCUAAUCGGCGUGGUUAACUCAAUAAAUUAUGAAGAAUAUUAUGAGGUAUUGGGGAUUUCAAAAGUAGCUUCAACAGGGGAGAUAAAAAAAGCUUAUAAGAAACUUGCUGUUAAAUACCAUCCGGAUAAAAAUCCUACUGAAGAAGCUCACAAAAUGUUUGUUAAAAUAACAGAAGCUUACGAAGCAUUGAAAGAUCCAGAGAAGAGAUCUAAUAAUGCAUAUAGUUUUAUGCACAAACAACCAUUCUAUUCUGGGGAAGAGUAUGAUAGACUAUUACACGAUGGCCUAUAUCACAACGAUCCCUUCGUAGACAACUUGAACGAAGAUAAUUUUAACAACUACUUGAAGAAUGGUUUCUACUUCAUAAACUUCUAUUCACCAUUCUGCCCGCCUUGCCGUAAUUUAGCAAGCAGUUGGAAGAAGUUAGCAGAAAUGUACAAUGGAAUUGUUAAUAUAGCUGCCGUAAACUGUAAAAUACAACCUCAGUUUUGUUUCAACCGAAUGCGUAUUCACAGUCAUCCGACGCUUCUAUUUUAUCCUAACGGCAAAAGAGGCGGUGUCGUGUACUACAAUGGAGACUUGAAACUGGAGUCACUGGAAGAAUACAUAAUGAUGUUCCUACGCAACCAUAUGAACAUACCCACUAUAGACCAGCUUAGGAGCAAGGACAAACGCAUGGCGUACGUGCUAGGAUCCACUAUGAUCGAGAGGGAUGACCUCACUAGGAUCGCUUUUCAUUUGAAUGGUGUAGUAACCUUCGCUAUAGUAGAAGAUGAGGACCUUCGUAAAAAACUGACGUCCAAUGAACAUGCGACAGUUGUGUAUAAAUACAAGGAUGUCACCAAAGAAAUAGAAAGUGUGGAAGAAGAUGAAAUAAUAGACGACAUCGUUCGUUAUUUACCCAAAGUUGAAGUUAUUGGGCCGGAGAAAUUUAAGAAAAUCAGAAACAGUUUGCGGUCAGGAUCACAAAAGACGUGGGCUUUCUUCUUCUCGACUAAAAACAAGAAUAGAUUGCAGCUGCAUCAGAUGAUUAAUGCAUUCCCUGCUAUGAAUUUCGGUGAAAUAAACUGCGACAAAAUGCCAGAGUUAUGCGCAUCACUGCACGUGGAGUCUGCACCUGCGUGGGGAGUCAUGAAGAAGGGGGGAGUCUACCAACGAGCCCCUCCUAGUGCUGACGUAAGAGACUUCUUACAAACUGCUACUGCAGCACUUAACCUUCAUACAUUGUCACCUUCGGAUCUUCAGAGGAUAUUGAAUGGAGAGGACACAAGUGUCUGGGUGUUACUCCUGGCUCCGUACGGCACUCAAUGGGAACACAUCGUCGAGCCGUUCACACAGGCCAGCUUAGACCACCUGGAAAAUGAGAAUAUUAAUUUCGGCAUAAUGUCAUGCAGUGCUAAGGCAGCGCAGUAUUGUACGCAAGUAUCGCACCAGCCUGUAAUAGUAAUACAACAUGGCGUCAGGCGCAAAAUAUACCACAAACAAGACUACGGGACCUUGAUGACGGACUUUAUUGACAUGGCAGUUAAAAGUCAAGACAUUGAUCUAUCCGAGAAACAACUCCUGGAGAUAAUGCACGUAUCGUCCCGCAAGUACACGUGGCUGAUCGCAUUCGUACCGUCCGGCAAAUCGUGCGGGUAUACAUGCGAUAACCUGCCUUAUGAGUGGAUGGUGGUCGCUAAGAAAGUGAACGGUAUACGUAGAUUUUUUACUUUACCUCCCGUGCUAGUCAAAGACUGUGUUACGGCAAGCAUCAACCUACAAGAGUUGGCGCAAGCGCCCUACAUAUUGGAGUGGGCACUCGAGUAUAUUGUGGACUCCGCACAAAAACUCAACUGGCAGGUAUUCUCUAAAAAAGUCAUCGCUGAAGAGUUGAAUCCUACUGGAACGAAGAAACCUUGGCUGGUAUAUUUCCAUUCCCCAAGAUGUUUCAGCUGCUAUGAGAAGUAUCCGGCCUUUGCGAUCGCUGGCUAUUUUCUAAACAACGCUAUACAAAUGGGCCGAGUGAACUGCAUCUCUGAACGUGGCAUCUGUCAGCAGGAGCAAAUAAUGUCUUAUCCCACCCUUAAAUUGUAUCUCAGUAGAAAUCAGCGCCAAAGGUUCAGUACCGUCAUCAAUAUACCUCUCAGAGACUAUGAAACCGUACUAAAAGAAGUUAAACAACAUAUAAGAAGAUACGACGAAAGUCUACUAGCAGGUAUAGAACAAAAUGUUAGAAAAAGUAUACAUAUAAAUCAUGAUGAAUUCUAGUUGAAUCUCUUUAUUAGACUUAUUUUCGUGUUUCCAAUUUGGGUUUGUGAUUUGAUAAAGGAACUUAAUUGGACAGUCAUAAAGUUUAUAUUGUUGUGAAUGUCAAAUAUUUGUUACAACGUUUUCGAUAGAAAUAUUAUUCGGAAAGCGAUCUUAAAUUCAUACAGUUAAUGAAGACUUUUAAUUUACAGUGACUUGUUACUAUUUUCAUUCCGUUUUUUGUGAGCUUAGUUUCGAUUUCGCCUGAUUAAAAUUGUAGCAAUCUGAAGUACUUUUAAAAGCCCUAGCGAAAUAGAUAAUUAGAAAUAAGUAGAUCCAAUUGUCAAUUACUUAGUUUUAAAAUUGAGGCUAACUCGAAUCAUAUCUCGCAUACUACUAAUUGUUAAGUAGGUAAUUUAAUUUUAACUAAUUAUUUUGUUACCAUACAAGAUUAACUCAUAUUUGUAAUAUGUAUAUUAUGUUAGUUAUAGGAUAUUUUGUGAUACUGAAAAAUCUUCUAUCUUCGUCCAGUUCUUGGAGAAAAUGUUUUUUUAAAGGCUUUUGUAAUAUUCCAGUAUAUUCUUAUUUUCUACUAAUACCUGCCCUUAUCCCAAGCUGGGGGUUGCCACAAUAUGUUGCAUUUAUUUGUGUCUCAGUGAGUGUAUAUUUAGAUAUUAAGUUUUUUUAUGUAUUUGUACUGUGACCAGUGUUUGUUUUAACAAUCUACAGUGGAGACCUUGUUAUCUGGACCUCAUUUGUGAUUUUUUUUUUUUGGUUAUUUAAUAUAAUUUGUAGUUACUAGUGGUAGAGACGUACGAGUUCUACGUUUAAAGUAAUCGAAACGAGAGCGAGUUCGGCGCACUGAUUGGUUGGUU